AUGGGCCCAGCCACUCCCACUACCCCCACCUCCACCUCCAUCAUCACCACCACAUCUACCACCACCACUACCACUACACCAUUGAAGGUAGUCGAUAAGAGCAAGAAGGUAGAAGAGACCCUCCAAACUACCACCACCACUACCAAGACUACAACUACAACUCCCGUCAAGGAGGAGAUCAAGAAAAAUAUUAUCGUCAACAAAGUUUGGAAUGAUUGCGACUCCAUCCGUGGGCAAUUGUUUCGUGACUUGUGUUUCGGUCGUUAUGGGUCCGAUACCGCAGCUACCGAAAUCCAUCGCGAUGCUGAGCGCGAUUAUUCCCAGUACAACCUUCAGACCAUUCAAAGGAAAGUGAGAGAGCUUCGAAUUUUUGUCAAAGCUUAUCAUCGCGGUGUCUGGUUGGACGAGAUGGUGGGUUUCAAGGAACUUUGUCGACUUGAUCAGCUUCCCACCGACGAAGAGAAAAAGGGACGUGAGGAGGAAUACAACCGUUUUGAAAAGCUACACCCCAUUCGCAAGGUACCAUCCAAGAGAAACAACGUGUCCACCAACGAUCUAGACGAGUUGUUUGGUGAAUUCAUCGCCCUUUCCGUGAAGUCUGGAGCCGUGAAGGUCUAG